AAAUAACGUUCUAAUUGGAGCACAUCCUCAAAUCAAAUAGGUGCGCAUUAAUCAGAAAGUGGGUGAAGAAAAUGGCUGCUUUUGGAGGAUCUUUGGUUGACAAUAUUCUACAGAAGACAAGCACUCUGAAUGAAAAAGUCAUCGAUGAAGGCAUUAUCAAAAUUACGAAGAAAUCGUCUCAACUCAAGGGGGAGAUUUUGGAUCUGAUUCGAAAGCAAUAUGUGGAUUUCGAUUCGUAUGUUGAUAGUGCUCAGUCUCUGGAACAGCGAAUACGUGACAUUCUCAAAGAGCACAAACGGCUUUCAACUCGAGUGGAACAAGACCUCCGAGGAAGAGUGGCUCGCACUACUGAUGAACGACCCGAUAUUGAAAAAAAACUCAAGGAAACUCAAGAUCGAAUCAGCUUUGUUCAAAGACUUGUCUCUGUUUAUGUUGGAUUUGAAAACGCUCGAAAGAACCUGAGCCCUGAGAAGUACGUCACCUGCGCUGAACACAUACACACUGCUGCAGAGGGCCUGCAAGCACUGGCCGAGAAUGGAUGCGAUGCUAAAGUCUACCGAACCCUCAAAACGGAGCUAGCAGACAUGAUGGCUGAACUGGGCUUGAAACUACAUGAGGAAUGGAGGAAGUUCGUACAGUGGAAGCCACAGACACUCUCUGAUUCAGCCAAGAUGGAGGCUCUAACAUCCGUUGAAUUGAGGCUGACAGCAACGACCAGCUCUGGUCUACCUCUUGAAGAGAUCGUCAAGGCAAUGAAACUACUUACUGCCACAAAGUUUUGGCCAGAAAAAAUUAAAAUGUUUGCUCGGAAGCUAUUCGCGAUGUUCAUACGCCCCCUAAUCAUAAACAAGGCUAUCAGUGUCGCACUAUCAAAAGAAGGGACCUCAAAAGCUCUCAAAAUUGUCGUGGCCAACAAGCAUUCAAUUUCGACUCUAUACGAUGAUAUCACCACUGUGUUAACGACUGCUCGACAGAUAGUGUCCGCUAGUUACCAGAAGGAGUGGACUGCUCAGAUAGGAGAGGUGGUGUGUGCUGAAAUGUGUGAGCUAAUCAUUGCUCAUCGUUUAUCUACUGCUAUUCCAAGAGAUUCACAAGAGCUUGCAAACUAUGGGGAACUAUCCUCACAGACACAGCAGUUUGAAAAUUCACUGGUUAAGGUCGGCCUGGCGAAAGAGGGCACUUGUCAGAAACUUAGCCAAUACACUAAAGAAGUCAACUCUCACUUUGCAGCUCAAAAGAGCCAAGAUCUGCUUGCUAAGGCACGAAACAUUCUCAUGGAACCCCUACACGCGACUGUCACAAUCUUAGAAGACAAAUCGUUGGAGCGACUGAUCGAUUUUGGUGGCGGCGGUAGUAAGGAAGAAAAACAAUCAACUGGAGAACUAGCUAAUUUAACGUUUCGUUUUCCAAAAUGUGCCAUCAGCAAGUGUGUCCAAGAUUACAUCGAUUUGCUCUAUUCAAUACUCAAAGAUUGCUGCAACUCUCCCUCCCCGCUAGCCCUCCAAUUGUUCACCACCUGCAGGAGUAUGGUCGACCUUUUCUGUGCCAUUCUCUCCUCCUACCAUCGACAGGCCAUUGCAGAGCUACCUAGUGUGGCUAUGAUACAGCACAACAACUGUAUGUUCCUAGCACAUCAUCUGAUCACGCUCGGACACCAAUUCCAUUCUCGACUUCCUCCCCCGCUAAAUUCAGAGAUUGCUACGUUUGUGGAUCUAGUGCCUUUAGUGAGACGACUCGGAGAACAGGUCUAUGUGAGCGAAAUGAGGAAACAAAGUGGAACAUUGCUCCAUUUCCUUCACUCGUUUGGAGGGCUGGACAACGUUUCUGAAGAUGUACGAUCACAAGCAGUGCAAGGGGCCUUAUUGCAAGCCCGACUGCAAAUUGAGAAGCUCAGUAAAGUAUAUGCUGAGGUACUGCCAGAGGAAAUUCAUCAUCGAGCUGUGGGUGGGCUGUUGAAUGUGGUAGUUGGUGAGUUGGUGAAAAGCGUGUUAGCACUUGAAGACAUUGCAGUGGACGAUGCGACUGAACUCCAUUCCAUUCUGAACCAGUUUUUGGAACGUGGAUCGGCUGCAUUGUCUAGCAAUAAGGAGACGCAAGACAAAUUGCUUGAGAAGUAUUGUCGAAGAUGGAGCAAGCUGAGGGAGCUGGCUGUAGUGAUGGACGCUUCUCUGCUCAAGAUUGUCGAGCUGUGGGGUGGAGGAAAGGGAGUAAUGGCGCAAGUGUUCACUCCAAUGGAACUCAGAGGUCUCAUCAAAGCUCUCUUUAAGAACACAGACAGAAGAGCUGCUGCUCUAGCUAAAAUAACUCUGUAAUGUAUAAGUUAUGCAUUCAUAAUUAUUAUGUUUUCUUUUGUAUCGUGAUCUUGUGUUCAUAUAAUGUAAUGAAAAAAAUUUUUAUUAUUG